AUGUCCGUCGCCCAAGAAGUCGAGUCCGCAAACGCGAAAUAUGCCGCCUCAUUCAACAAAGGGGAUCUCCCACUUCCCCCAGCCCGAAAGGUAGCAAUAGUAGCAUGCAUGGAUGCGCGCCUCGAUCCCGCCCGAGCCCUAGGCCUCGAAGAAGGCGAUGCCCACGUAAUCCGUAACGCAGGCGGAAGGGCCACAGAUGCACUGCGCAGCAUCGUCAUUUCGCAACAGCUACUCGGGACGAAAGAAAUUAUUGUUGUGCACCAUACCGAUUGUGGGAUGCUUACGUUCACGGACGAUGUGAUCCGUCACAAGAUAAGGACGGAUUUGAAGCAGAAUGCAGAUCAUAUUGCGUUUUUGCCGUUUGGGGAUUUGAGGCAGAGUGUUUUGGACGAUGUGGCUAUUUUGAAGGAUAGUGAACUUGUUUUGGAUGUUCCUGUUACUGGAUAUCUGUAUGAGGUUGAGACCGGGAGAAUUGUUAAGGUUAAAUGA